AUGGAGGUACAUCAUCGAAUCAACGACGAGCUUCUGAAGCUUAUUCUGACAAAACUCCACCGUCUGGAGAAUCGUUUCACAGACAUUGACAGCCGUCUGAGUACGAUCGAGUUCUCCAUUGUUCCGGCCCCCCGCAGCAGCACCCCCAUUGCCAGCAGCGCAGCAUCGCGUCGCUGCUCUUGCCAUAUCCCUCAGCCCGUCUUCCAAAGUUUCCAAGUAGACUGGGAGAGACAUGCUACACCUUCAGCUUACAAAGCAUCUGUCGACAAGCUUCGACACCGAUUUGGGCUCGAUGAACAGUCACAGCACGCCCCCGAAGACAUAGGCGUGGCGAGCACAUGCGACAGCCGCAGCGAAAUGGGGACAGGCGAUGUCUUCGUCAACAACUACGACAACUACUCCAUGUCUAUCUAUCCGUCACGGCCGGGAUCCACCUGCAACUUCGGAUAUCGUGUCAGCGACCCCAGAGACCUCCGAGAUCUUCGAGACCUUAGUUUUAGGGACCUCAGAGAUCUCAGGGACUUCAGGGAAUUCAGAGAUCUAAGAGACCUGAGAGAACUGAGGGACCUGCGACAGCAAUUCGAAAUCCCGGAGCUCCCAUCAUGGAGAUACGAAGACAUGCCAAUUGCGGAAGAAUGCAUCAAUAGCACUCGUCCCAGCAGUCGUAGAACAAGCAUCAGCUCGCCUUACCGCACCUUCUCGACUCGCAAAAGUACUUCAAGCACUGCGAGGACAUCCAUGAUGUCUGCAAACACCGGAAGGCCCUCCACCUCGGGCUCAAUCAGCAAGAUCAAAGGUUCUAUCAAGCGGGUGAGAGCCGCCAGCGUCCCGAGGCAGAGACACAGGCCUGCGACUCGAGAAACCUACAACACUAGCGCAAACCAUACCAAAGAUGAUUUGGCGAUACGGCAGCCGCACUCUAUAAUGCAAGAACAGGAUCCUGAGCGUUUUACUGUUUUAAUGCAAAAGAGUGCGAAAGCAUGCAUUUGCUUCGUGCCGAACAUGAUCUCCGGUCUUGGGAAAAGAAUGAUGAAUCAACAAUUGAGGAUGCUCGAUACCACUGCUUAA